AUGCGGUGGCGCGUAGCAGCGGCGGUUCAGAUCUGCGGCGGCGUGGGGCUACGACGGCUGGCCCGGGGCUGCGAGCCGGGAUAUGGUGGUGCAGAGCAGCGGUGGCUCAGGGCUGCGGCGGUGCGGAACAGCGACGGUGCGGUGGCGUUGUCUGCGAAUCGGGCGAUCUCUAGACUAGACAACAACUGCUGCAAAAAAGAUUUGUCAGGUUUGAUUCUUGCACUAGCCCAUUUUUGUUGUAUGCACCAGACUACUAAUUAUAUGGCCCUUGGCGCUGUAUGCCCAGACUACUGUAAUUUAAUUGAUCUUAACUGCAGAUCUCUAGAACAGGCCACAAUUGCUGCAAAAAAUAUUUGUCAGGAUACUGGCGCACAAGAACCUGUAACAAACACAGUCGUUCGACACAGGACCAAGCGACGUGGUAACAAGCUGCGCACUUACCGACUUGUCAUCAACCACUUCGAUUACAUUGGAGAACCCGAGGAACCAGACACAGUGAUAGCGCCAUACCACAACACCUAG